GAGCCUGGAAAUUGUGGCUGCCUAGUCAGAACUGGUUCACGUGACCACGCAUCCCCCUCGCGCACCAGUCGCCCACCGCAAACGCGCCGCAAGGGUGGCGUAUCUCGCACCCCUCCCUCUUUGUCACGGCCGCAUCUGGUCUUAGCUUUGACCCAUUUCGUUUGCGCAAACUGCGGUCCCUCCGGAAGCCUCAUACACACAAAGUUACCGACUGAAGCUUGUCCCCCCCGUUCAAACACACAAGAACCAGCGUGCGCCGCCGACACCAGGGCUGCUCACUCUGCAUCUCAGCACACAACAAACACGCGCCGCUUCCCCUCUCCCCUUGUUGCUUUUGAUAUCCAACGCAAGAUUACCUUACCCCAAAUCUAUCCCUGUCCCUUCCACGCGCGUCAUAGGCACAGCCCUUCAGCUGGCCACUUGAGGCGUACCCACAAGCACUAGCAGAAUAAAGAAGGCUGUCACGGCCCUGAACAAAGCCACCAGUUUUGCCUCUUAGGCAGUCGACCACCCUGCUCGCCACGCGAUAGCUUUCUUUAUUUAGCCUCCGCUGCUGCACCUUCACGCCAUCGGACUGAGCCUCUUGUGCCAAAACAACACUCCCACUCACAGAACCGAACUCGCGGCUAACGCGUCGCAACGGGAUCGUCAAGAUGGUGGUAUCAAGCCCAGCUUCACCGAUGAUCCUGCAAUCCUCACCAGACAUGGCAGCCUCUCAGGUGUCUCUCUCAUCACAGCCGUCAUCUCAUCCUCCAUCACAACCAGAAACGAAAAAGAAGAGACGUGCUACUUCCCAAAGGGGCUCUCUGGUUGACAUUAUGAAGUGCAACUCUGGCGCGUCGCUGUUUGUCCGCCCUAUUUGCUGGUCUGAGGUACACGCAAAGGCACUAAGCGUCAAAUUCACAGAACUUCCGCCCUGCACGGAACCACUCCCACUGAAUGAGCCUGGAACGCCUCCAUCCAAAGGGCACCUUCACCCUUCUCCUACCAUUAGCGAGUUGAGCACUGCCCUCUCCGAGCUGCUUUCGCCAUCCUCGGGUCACCCCGUCAUGGUAACCAGCGCAAUCCGAACUGUGCUCGGCACCCUGUGGCCUGACGCCUUCCGCAAACCAAAGCUUCUGCCCGAGAUGCAUCUAUUUUACGGCGACAAGGUCUACCGCGAUGCUGUCCGUGCUCAGCUGCUGUGGAAUUACCCAGACACCAUCGCCACGUCUCAGUGCUCCUUUGUUACAGCUUCAACCAAUGUUGCUAGCUCUCAUGACUACAUGUCCCAGGACACGCAGCCGCACAAUCCAGUCAAUCUGCCUAUGAUGUGUUACAUGAGCAAAGCUCAAAUGGCAUCUAUUCGGCGCAACAUGUUUCGUGUGGCUCACGGCCCAGGUAAAACAUUGAACGAGCCAGUAUACCGGCUCCAGCAACUCCGUUCCAAAGCUCUAUGCCCCGCGAACCCGGACGAAGAUAUUCACCUGGCGGGUAUCUUCCUUGGUAUGGCACAGAAGCACUUCUACAGUACCAUGACAUCGAAGCUACGCAGAGACAUUUACAGCUCUGUCUUUCAAAAACCAAAGCCUUGCCCCAAGUUCACUGACUUGACGCUGCGGAUCUUGACACACGACAGCGAGACAUCAGAGUUUAUUGUGUAUACUGGCCACGUUAGCGCCAAGUUUCUGGAACGAUUCCAUUAUCCCCACAAGGCACCCAAGAACCAGAUUGGCGAGAUAGAUGGCCUCGAGAUUGACUACACACGAGUCCCUAUCUGGCCCAUACUUGGGCUAAGAGAGAGACUUGGUCGAGCCUUUGGCGAGGAUGUGGUUGGCCCAUUUGACCCUACUGUCAUGGAAACCUGGAAUGAGGAGGAGACAGAGAUUCCUUGCUCUAGCAGCAAGAACAAGCGCAAACGAGAAGCCUUGUCUGAAGUGCUUAAUGGAAGCUUCGACUCGGAACAGGAAGUUAGCUCAUCUCAAACGGCGAACAACAAACGACAGCGCCUACAGGAAGGGCCGCUUCUGGGAGUAGUCGCCUAAAGACAUCCCAGACUAUCAUUGCAUUUUACGGCGUUGGGUGAGAGAUACCCACUGAUACCCUCGGGUGUUAUACACCCUUGCUUUCUGUUAGACUUUACUUGGCAACGAGUGACAUGGAAUGAGAAUGAGCGUUUGAUGAAAUAUAUAGAGGAGAAUUGCAACUGUUGUAUGGCUUUGCUAUGCUGAAUAACUACUGAGGAACGAUGGGCUUGUUUAAUGAGAUAUGAAUAAUAAAUGACUGAGAUCACAAAUUAAUU